UUGUACAGGAAUAUAAUACAACUUUCUGCACAUCACAGCUACGAAUCCAAGCCAAGAACUACUCACGGAUAAAAUAAGUCUUCAAAAACUAGCAUGCGAUAAAUAUUUACUUUAUUUUCUCACAACGGUUACGUCAUAAAGUUUGCCCUGGUGUCGCAGGCAAAAGCAAAAGAUCGAGAACCAUAAAAGUACAGACGAAUACGGCAACUUCUGCAUCAAAGUAUGUCUGGAAUCACCAGUCCUCGUGUACUGCAAUAUCUGUGUGUAGUUACUGUACCAGAUAAGAAAAGGAGUGAUUCCUAAAAAUCAGAAUUUAGAGGUUUUUAAAUCGAUCUGCGAUAGAUGUAUUAGGUCUGACUCAGAAACAGCGGGUCGAGGAAGAAAACACAAGCUAGCAGCUCUACGUCGCAUUUCAGAGGAUCCAGCACCGUCUCUGGCUGCUGGUCAUGGGUUUGACCAAACAGUACCUGCGCUACGCUGCCAGCGCCGUGUUCGGCGUCAUCGGCAGCCAGCGGGCCAACAUCGCCUACGUUACUCUUCGUGGCGGGGAAAAGGGCCGCUACGUUGCCGUGGCCGCGUGCGAACAUGUCUUCAUCUGGGACGUUCGAAAAGGAGAAAAGGUCCUGAUCCUGCAGGGCCAGAAGCACGAGGUGAGCUUCCUCUGCCCGUCUCCGGACGGCGUUCACGUCGCCGUGGGUUACGAGGAUGGCAUGGUGCGGAUCUUCAACCUGCUGAGCGGAGAGAGCAACGUUUCCUUCAACGGACACAAGUCCGGUGUCACGGCAAUGAAUUACGACUCUCUGGGCGCGCGGCUCGUCACCGGCUCCAAGGACACAGACGUGAUCGUGUGGGACAUCAUCAACGAGUGUGGACUGUACCGGCUGAGGGGACACAAGGACAUCAUCACGCAGGCCUUGUUCCUCAAAGACAAGAACCUCCUGGUCUCAAGCUCCAAGGACAGCUUUGUGAAGUGGUGGGAUCUGGACACGCAGCACUGCUUUAAGACCAUGGUGGGCCAUCGCAGCGAGGUGUGGGGAAUGGUUCUGUUGGACCGGGACAACAGGCUGCUGACGGGUUCGGCCGACAGCGAGCUCCGCGCCUGGGACAUCCGCCGCCUGGAGGAGGGAAAGGCUGAGGGUGAGCCCAGAGUGAAGAAGGGGAAAACUCUGCUGGAAGAUGAUGAGGAUGAUGACGGUAAAGAAGAAGAGGAGGAGGCGGAGACCGUGGAAGAGCGCAUCCUGAGCUGUCAGAAGGCCGGCUCCAUCCUGAGAGAAGCCAGAGAUCGGGUCGUUUCGCUGACAGCAGACUCCAAGGCCAGAGUCAUCGCCUGCCACGGAAACGAUGCGGUACUGGAAGUGUUCACGGUGCUGUCUGAGGAGGAAGUGCAGAGAAAAAUGAACAAGAAGCUGAAGAAAGCCAAGAAGAAAGCAGCCAAAACGCAGGAAGGUGCAGGCGAUCAGACGGCAGAGCCGGUGGUGGAGAGAACGCUGAAGGACGAGAUCAUUAGGCUGACGAACAUCAAGGCUUCUGCGAAGAUCAGGUGGGCGGACGUCCUGUCGUGUGCAGGCGGAGAGCUGAAGGUGGCGCUGCUGCUUCAGAACAACACCGUCGAGACCUACAGCCUGAAGACCUCCGACAAGAACCCGGCGGCCAAUAAGACGUCCCGGCUCACGCUGGGCGGCCACCGCACCGACGUCCGCACGCUGGCCUUCAGCUCCGACAACCUGGCCGUCCUGUCGGCCUCCGGAGACACGGUCAAAGUCUGGAACAGGUCCACUCUGCAGGUGAUUCGCACCAUGGCGUGUGAGUACGCGCUCUGCUCGCUCUUUGUGCCCGGAGACAGACAGAUAAUCCUGGGAACGAAGAGUGGGAAGCUGCAGAUCUUUGAGCUGGCCUCAGGAAGCCUUCUGGAAACGGUGGACGCCCACAGUGGAGCUGUGUGGUCACUGUGCGUGGCACCGGAUCAGAGGGGAAUUAUCUCCGGAAGCGCUGAUAAGACGGUGAAGUUCUGGGAGUUUGAGCUCGUCAGAGACAAAGAGACGGACCAGAAGCGGCUGACGGUGAAACACACUCGCACGCUGCAGCUGGACGAAGACGUUCUGUGUGUGAAGUUUUCUCCUGACCACAGACUGCUGGCCGUCUCUUUGUUGGACUGCACCGUCAAGGUCUUCUACACAGACACCCUGAAGUUCUUCUUGUCCCUGUAUGGACACAAGCUGCCGGUCCUUUGUUUGGACAUCACACAUGACAGCGCUCUGAUCGCCACCGGCUCUGCAGACAGGAAUGUAAAGAUCUGGGGUCUGGAUUUCGGCGACUGCCACAGAUCUUUGUUCGCUCAUGACGACAGUGUCAUGUUUCUCCAGUUCGUCCCCAAGACUCAUUUGUUCUUCACCGCCGGGAAGGACAAGAAGAUCAAGCAGUGGGACGCUGACAAGUUUGAGCUCAUUCAGACCCUGGAGGGUCACCAUCGGGAGGUCUGGUGUCUGGCCAUCAGCCCCAACGGAGAUCACCUGGUGUCGUCGUCUCACGACAAGUCCCUGCGUCUGUGGGAGAGGACCAGGGAGCCCAUCAUCCUGGAAGAGGAGCGGGAGAUGGAGAGAGAAGCUGAAUUUGAAGAGAGCAUGGCCAAAGGAGACGCACCUGUGGUACCAGGAGAGACGGAGGGAGAGGCGGCACCGGCUGGGAAGAAGAGCAUCGAGACGGUGAAAGCUGCGGAGCGAAUCAUGGAGGCUCUGGAGCUUUACCGAGAAGAAACCAGGAAGUCGGAGGAGCACAAGUAUUUCUGUGAGAAAGCUGGGAAAGAGUUGCCUCCUCCUAAACCCAACCCUAUCCUCGUUGCCUUUGGAAACGUUACACCGUCCCGCUACGUUUUAGACGUCAUAAGAAAAGUCAGAUCCAGUGAGCUGGAGAUUUCUCUGCUGGUGCUGCCGUUUCCUUACGUCCCUGAGCUGCUGAAGCUCUUCAGCUCCUACAUCCAGCAGGGCCUGGAGGUGGAGCUCGUCUGCCGCUGCCUGUUCUUCCUUCUCAAGAUCCAUUUUGGUCAGAUCACCAGUAACCAGAUGUUGGUGUCCGUCAUCGACGAGCUGAAGACCAAUACGCUCUCCAAAGUCUGCCAAAUCAGAGAUGUGCUGGGCUUCAACAGCGCCGCCCUCCAGUUCCUCCAACGGGAGAUCGAGAGCAAAGAGGACGUGAUGUUCUUCGCCGAUGCCACGGGCCAGCUGGAGGAGAAGAAGAAGAGGAGGAGGAAGAGGGAGCGCGCUGUUCUGACUAUCGCUUAAAUUAAAGAACGUUUUUGGUGUUUUGAUACAAAUUUCCUUCCAGCUUUAAUUCAGGCUCGGACCAGGUGUAUUAGUUUUAUAUGUUGUGAAACCCUGACAGGAUGUAGCUCAGUGGUAAGCAGUGACAUGCUUUAUUCCCCAAAUAAACAGAGUCUGAAGUUUUCUCACACAGCAUCGUUUGUAACAAGUAAAUCCUGUGUGGCUGAGCGAGCCAUCCGUGUGCACACUGCAGCCGCUAUAAAACGCAGUAAUGUGCGGUCAGGUUUUUAAUGGAUCCAUGUCAUGUUUAAAGCCGCGCUGCGUUCGUGAUCACCACGCACAGAGGACACGUUUGAUUUAGGCUGGUUCCGCUUCACAAGCCUACAGGGAGGCGUUCAGGUCCCGUCAGACGGUCUGGGAUGUGGCAGCAGUUUAGGAGGCUGUCGACGGUCCUGAGGUUCAGCUGAGUCAAUAACUUUCAAGUUUAUUUCAGCAAUUCAUUUUUUAAAAGGGAAACUCAAAUAUGGAUUCAUUACAUACACUGAUUCACUGUAAAGGCGACUUACUAUGCUUUCUUGACAGGUCAGGAUACAAUAUAUAGCUGUACAAAACAUGUCCAUUGCCUUUUUUUUUUUUGGACAAAAUUAUUCUUGGAUGAGGCUUUAGUUUAGUCAGUUCUGCCUAUUUUCUAUUUUGAGCUUUCAGAAUGAUCUGUUUUAAGACCUCCAAGCUGCUGCUUGCUACGUUCCCCAUCACAUCUACACUUGCAUUUGCAAUUAUACAGCUGUACAGCUUUGAAAAGCAGAAGUAGAGCCUCCCGUACAACCAUCAGGAAUGCAGCAAGUGGUUUCUGGAUAGUAAGUCAACAACCAAAUACUUGUCUUUUUCCAGCAGCCGUUGUACAGCUCAUACAGCGUUAAAACCAGCUUAAUAAAGUCCGGUCCCAAAACUCACAUUUCCACAAUACAUUACUGCAUGUGACGUUUUGAAUUAAAAGGAGAAAUGCCUUUGUUUUUGUCUUUAUUGAAAAUUUUAAGAAAAUGGUACAAGGCACACAUCAGUAACAAAAGUUUGACAUGAUAAACUGUGCAGAAAAAAGGAUAAAUGAAAAAAAUAGUUACACUAAAUGUGUGGUAAAUAAAACAGAAAAUGUUGCAAAAUUUGAGAGGAUACAAAUUUUAAGCUAUCAGCGUAUUAGUAUUAACAUUGGGCUUUUGUGUUGCAAUAUUUAAGCACUUCGUUAAAUAAAAGUGUCUCACUUAAAUAUUAAAGAUGGGGGGUGAUUUUUAGUAAACAUUUGUGAAU